AUGCAAUUCACUUGUAUGCUCAUAUGGAUUGUCUGGAUUAGAACUUUCCUCAAUAUGAUUUUCAAAAAAUGAUUUACCACAAUUACAUUAGUCAUAAAAACAUCUCAAGAAUAUCUUAUGAUAAUUUCAUUACUUAACCGACAAUAAGGUGAUCAGAAUUAUGUGCACUUUAUUAACUGUUUCAAUAUUUCUCAAUUAAAUAUAUCUGAUUGAAUUUAACAAAUUGAUCUACUGAUUAAUCUAUUAAAAAUCAUCAUCAAUAAGAUUAUUUUUUAUUUUAAAUUAUGAUUAAUUAUCAUGUAAACUAGUGUGAUGUUAUAGUUAAAAUAGGCAUUCCAACCUUGUAUUAUAUAUGAUGAAUUAAACUCUAUAAGAUAUACCAUUUUAUCAACCAUCAAUAAAAUAUUUUUGAGAUCUUUUAAUCUGUGUCAAUUGAACUCUUAAAUCUUCUCAUGAGGAAAGCCAAAACUCAAAAAAGAAGAAUGCUAGUAAGAAAAGAAAGAUAGUGUCUUUCUAACUAUUGUGAGGAAAAUAAACCAUUGAAAUGAAAUUAUAAAAGGCUUAUUGCUCCUAUGAAUUUCAUCAAAUGUUCUCUAAUGAAGAAUAGUGGGGACUAAGGGUAAGAACACCAAGUAGACAUCAAUAGGAAAAGGCUUAACUACUAUAAAAGAGUUUGUUUUUUUAUGUUAGUCACUAAUGAGUAAACUUAGUGAUUCAAUCCAUUGACAUAGUAAAGGGAAAAUUUUAAAAUCCUAAAUAAAUCAUAAAAAUUACAAAUGGCCCAUUACUCCGUCCCCUACCAAAUAAGUAGACAAAACAAGGAAAGUUAAGUCACAAUAAUAGAGUGUUUUUCUUAUUGAUCAUUAAAAAGUUGGACAAUAAGGUGAGUGAUCCAUGUGAGUCAACCCCAAUAAACACAAUCUAA